AUGAACAUCUCUUCCCCCGACUCUGAGCCCGACACUCUCGAAAGCCAGCUGCAGGCGCAGGCCGCUGCCUUCCAGCAAGCCUUCCAGCAGCUGGUCACUCGCUACGCUGAAGACUGCUCUGUGAUCGUCCAGUACUACUCCGAGCUACCCUCCGAGCCACCCUCCGAAAACAGCCUCCGCCUCAAUGCAGCUCUGCGCCAGAUCCAUCAACGCCAGGAAGCAUUCGACAAAGACCUUCAGAGUUUGCACAAAGGAUUCAAACACAACGUCGACCUGAUCUGUGGCGACCACUUUCAACGUAUUGUUAGAGACAGUCAGCAGCAGUAG